CUGGGCGACAGCAGGUGGUGCCAGAUCCCGCACAGAAGCCGCCGCCCCAGCUUGGGAGUGUUUGCCUGCCGCAGACUCGAGCGGCUGUCUCUGCGCUCACUCCUUGAUCCUCUUUCAGUAGCGUUUGGAACCAGCCGGCUGAGGAGCGAGGCGCUGUCCAUUCAGCACCACCGGGGGGGUUAAAAAACAGCUUUUUUGCGCAAUCCGUCGUGAACCUCCUUCCAAGAGCGAGGUGUGCCCUGCAGUCUGGAAAGUGAGAUCUAAGGAUGGUGAAGCUGGGAAGCAAUUUGAAUGAAAAGAACAAGCAGCAGCCGUCCAAUGAGGACGGUUUUCAGACGGUUCCUUUGAUAACACCCUUGGAAGUCAAUCACUUACAGUUCCCAGCUCCAGAAAAGGUGAUUGUGAAAACAAGAACAGAAUAUCAACCAGACCAGAAGAACAAAGGAAAACUUAGAGUGCCCAAAAUUGCUGAAUUCACAGUCAGUUUCACUGAUGGUGUAACAGAAAGGUUAAAGGUCACUAUUCUCAUAAGCCUGGCUCUUGCAUUCCUUGCCUGCAUAGUCUUUCUUGUGGUAUACAAAGCGUUUACCUACGACCACAGUUGCCCGGAUGGAUUUGUUUAUAAGCAUAAGAGGUGCAUUCCCGCCUCUCUCGAUGCUUACUAUUCAGCUCAGGAUUCCAACUCCCGGGGCAGAUUCUACACCGUCAUCAGCCACUACAGCAUGGCUAAGCAAACUAGCUCGCGGUCUGUAUCUCCCUGGCUUUCUUCAGGAUCGGUAAAUCAUGAAAAUAAGGCCACUAAGACAGAAGGCCAUUAAAGCCAUGCAAUGGCCUGGGGAUGGAGGGAGUGGGAAAACCACAUCAUGUCUCUAACUCAUUGCUCUAGUUCACAGAGGGCACCUUGCUAAUCAGUGUGAUGAGAAUACACUAAUUCCAAGUGCAGGUGUCAUCUUAAUGGAUAGUUUUCUCUCUUUCAUUCAUUCUCACCCUCCCCUUUAGUGCAUUGUUCUCGUUAAUUUGUAACUAAGUCAGGAUCUUGUACAAAGGCAUGUUAGGUGUUUACUAUAUCUCACAAUGUACAAAUAUUUUUAAAACCAUUGCUAAGUAUUUGUUAAGAAAAUAAAAAUGAAACAAAAAAAGCAAACCCAGAAAACAUUGACAAGAAGGUAAAAGAAAUAGUAAACAUAAUUUAUUAGGCCUUUCUUGGUGGGGAAUUUAUUUAUCACAAUGUGACAUGGAAAGAAAGUUCAGAUGGAGGAACUUUAUUGUGCACAACCAUCAUAUAAAAUACAUAAUUGUCUGGGCAAAAAUCAAUCUCAAAGAGUUUUCAAGGGAUGGUGAUGUUACAUGGAUGCUUUUAAAGCAAUUUAGCACCAUUGGUGCUCCAAUGUGCAUUAUUCUGUCCCUAAUAUUAAAACAAAUGGGAAAGCCCUUACAUACAAGGAAAUUCCUGUUCUCUUUACCAAAAACCCCACACAUGCAUUAAACUAUUGGAUUGUGACGACUAAUCUUUGGUUGUUUGUUAAGAGGGAAAUAUUAGCCAUGAGAGUGAAUGCAAGCAGGUUCCUAUGUGUCUCCUGACUGUCAACCCAAUUUUGAAUACAACAAUUCUGCCCUCCCACAAACCAAAACUGAAUGCCAAAGUUCAAAAACAACAAAUCAAAAUUGGAUCUAGUAGAAAAGGGUGAACUUCUGUCUCAGAAGGGCCCAGGGAAUUUUUGGGGGGUGAAUUUGAGAUAGAGAGAAAAAUUUGUAGAAGUAAAACAGAUUUUAUUUUGAUUCCUCAAGGAGUAUGAAAGGCUUAUAUCCCCUUCAUAUAAGCCUCUCAUACUCCUUGAGGAAUCAAAAUAAAAUCUGUUUCACUUCUACAACUGGGAAUCUUGCUGAAUAGGCAGAUGCCACCGCAAAUGUCCCAUCACACGGCUAGCCACCCUUUCAACAGAGAGAUUCAAAGUAACAGACAGCCUGUUUUCUGUAUGCUUGUCAAAAUACAUUAAAAAUAAAAAAAAUGGUUAGCCAAGCAGGCAUGUUAUUGCCCAAAUAAAAUGUUGCUAGAGAUACAUAAUAAGAGGAACUAGCACUGGUAUCCAGAAUUAGCUAUUAACCACCAUGACUCAAAAAUGAUGAAAUAAUGCAUUAUGGCAUCACGAGGCAUAUGGCUGCCUUUUCAUAUCCCAAGAUUAUAUACAAGUACAAAAGUUAUAGUUUUGCCUGGUGACAUUAUGACAACAUUUAAACACUUGCACUACCUAUGCCAAUGGGUGCCAAUUAGCUUCAGAAAAUUCUUAUCCUCAUUGGCAAAGCCCAUUUUCUUUCCUGAGAAUCUGAAAGAGUUGAAUAAUAAUGUACCCUCUUCAAAAUGUAAAAGACAGAAAAAACAAAACAAAAACAACCUAUCAACUAACCAAACCAACAAACAAACUUGCAAGCAGCAAAUAAUUUUUUAAAAGUGGAAAUUAGAUUAGAAGUAGCACAAGCUGAGACAGUGAAAUUGGCUGUCUGCUUCAAAUUUUUUGCAAUAGGGAUCAUGAAGGAGGUACUGGUUCUCCUGUGUACUGGACAGUAUUUGACAUAUCAUAUUAAAUUAGCACAUUGUGUAGAUGAUGAGUAGGUUACAAAAGGAUUUUAUGAGUAUGACCUUGCUGUUUUAUACCACAUUUGCAUGCUGGCAUUUUUAAAUUCUUCCCUCUUCGAUUGUCCUUCACCCUAUACAAUGACAAAACAUUUUUUAAAAAGAAAUGCAAAAUAAUUUUAAAAGUCACCUGUGACAUAAUGUCAGAGCAGCUGUGGAAUAAACCACUACCACCACCAAAAACCCAUGUGUAUUUCUAUACACUCUCAUGUAGUAAUGCCAUGCACUUAUUGCAGAUCAUAGCUUCACUCUUUUGGAAGAUUCUCCUACCUGACUCUGUGGGUUCAUUUUUACUAAUGAAACCAACCUCUAACAUCACUGUCAAUAUGUAGAUCAGGGGUUUCAAACUGCCGGCCCGCAGGCCGGUUUCAUCAUACUGGAGCCCCGCCCACCCCAUUGCCGGCAAUGGCAAAAAAGCUUUGAUACGUCGCAUGACGUCACGUGAUGUCGUGAGUUUGACUUGCCUGAUGUAGAUGGUAAGGAGAUAUGGAGCUACUCAUUGGAAGCCAUUUUUUCCUCACAGGAAAAGAAUCCACAUGUGUUUCAAAAGCAAGCAUAUACAUUACUCUUAAUGGAAAUAUAAUGCCUGUGUUUGUUUUCACCAAGUCCUUGGCAUCAUCUAAGAAACUGUUUUAUACAAAUUGUGUUAUACAAAUAUACAGGCUACUAGUGCAGCUGGAUUAGUACUAGUGACCUUGUCAGGCAAUGGCACUUCGUAGUUUCCUAAACAGUACUGAUUAAGGCCACAUAAGGCAACCACUUCAAGAUCUGAUCAGUGCUUAGAUGGAAGACUCCAAUCACAUGAGUCCAAUCAUAGACCUAAAUGUGCUACAUAGAUUUAUAUUAUAGUUACACUGAGUUCAUCUUCAGUAAAUAAAACAUGCUGAUUUUUUAACAGAAGUUCUCAGAACCCCACAUGAAAUCAGAAGAGCCAUUUAGAAUGAUAAGAACUGAUGAAUAAAUGCACAGGAGGAAACAGUUCAAGAGGGUGUUUGAUCUAAGACAUCAUGUUAGGAAAUGCUGUAAUCUCAUCUAUGUUUAUGCUUUAUAACAUAUAUACAAAGAUUUGAAUGAAUUAUGUAUUUAAAUAUUGUUGGUUUUGCAGAGCUGGUUUGUGUCAAAUUAACCUUCAGUUUCAUGAAGAAAAAAGAAACCAAGGGUGUGAUCCACCAAAAUCUUAAUUUGUAUUAACAGUAAUUGCUUGAGAGUGAUCAGUGGGGGAAUUCUUGGCUGUGUAUGCCCAAAUUAUGCAAAUUAAAUUACACCUGAAUGUAGAGAAAAACUAAGUAAACAACAGCGGUCUUAAAAUUAAUCAAAUUGUCACUAAGAGUCCUAAAGAUGGGCUCUCAAAUCAGAUUCCUGCUUUAUAUUUUACCUGCAAGAAAAAAGAAAGCCCAUGCUACUGGAGAUGGAAAACAAAAGAAAUAAUGAUAAAUGGUUGUAUAAUGUAGCCAAAAUUGUAGUGCCAAAUCUCAUUGUCUUUUUAUCCCUGUCUUUAUCUCUUUCUUCAUACUACAUCUGUAAAUCCAUUUCUCAUCUAAAAAUGUAAAAAAAAAUCAUUGGAAAAAAAAGUAAACAAUUUCCAGAACGGCUACUGGAUAAUUUAUAAUUUUGUGGUUGUUGUAUGUUAGUAGGUAGAAGAGACUGAAGUAUUUUUGGUGUAGUUCUUGACUUUUUCUGACAGGACAAAUAAAAUUAGAUGUAUCUGAGAGUCUCAA